AGUUGUACCAUAGUUAUCAUCCCCAACUGACAUAGAAUUUUUACCUUGAUGCUGCUUUACAUUAUUACCUCCUCCUUCUUCCCCCCACCGAACUCGAAUUUCUUUGUGUCUCUGCUUCAUCGUCCCAUGAAGAAAGAAAUCUUCUGAAGUUCACUACCCAUCUUCAUCGAGAUUUUUACCUACAGUAAGUAAAAAUACUGAACAAAAUCAUGUCAAGAACUACGCUCUGAACUGGAUGCGUGUGUUUUAUUUUGGUCGUGUUCAACCACAGCCGCGGACCACGACUUGUUUUUCUGUGACGUGGAGAACAGCAGCAGUAGAUGACGAAAGGCUUUUCCAGCAGUAGUAACGCUGCCAGUAGGUGGCGAAAGUUUGCUGGCAUCUUACGUGGAGAACAACAGUACCUGUACCAGUAGGUGACGAAGGACUGCGUUGGCGGAAAUAAAGUUUCUGAGGGAACCAGCUUCGGUGGCUCGUUCUUUCGACUGCGCGAAGAUGAGGACAGCAAAUAUUUACAGCUCCAAGAAUCGGGAACGGGAACGGCGCCGGCUUCAGCCGUCGUUCUCAUCUGGAACACGCCCACGCCUACCUCCGGGUGGCGGGCUUGUAGGGGUCGCCAGGGGCUGUGCAUCAAUCCUCGGAACGACGACGACGGCUUUGUUCCACCUUCCCUCUAUUACGACAGCCGUGUCCAUCGCCAAAAGCAAAAGUAACAUAGGAACUUCGGGGGCUCCUGCUUCCAGUAGAACUGGGAAGGACAGAAGUGAAGUUCCUACAUCUAGUACAACUGGUGCUUCCACCUCAUCUAGAAGGGCAACAUCUUCCGGCACGAGCUUGUUGGUGCAAAGUAAGCAGGGGCGGGCUACUUCUUCAGAAGUGACCGCCGCGCCGUCAAAGCGACACACAGGAGGUCCUCACUGCUUUUGAAGAAGGCGACGAGCAGAACCCACGAGAUGUCAACGGAACAAGAUGAGUUACCCAUGAUCGGAACGCAGAAGCACGGAACAGGCCGAGGCACCGCAGAAGAGUUGUGGUCCACCGCAGACGUCGGUGGAGGUCCCUCGCGAGGACCACUGUCGGAAAACUUAGUUUCGAAACGGAGCAGUGCCACAUCUUCUAGACAGCCGGCAGAGAUGUUGACUAGCAAAGGGGCCACGUUGAAGAUGUUGCCAGGUGAAGCUGGGAGGACCUCAAGAACGAGGCAGACACGGAAAAGAAUAGAAAAGCUACCAGAUGAAGGGAUUUUACUUACGCGACCUGCUCGGAACAGUGUGAAUUUUCUACAACACAGUAUGAAAAAGGUAGUUUUAGUUCGGCGAGGAGAAAGACGGAUGGUUGCUUUAGCAAGAAACAGCACGACGACUUCUGAUGAAGUUGCACAUCAAGAAGACCUCCAAGAAAGUACAGCCAUGACGCCGAAUAAGACGGAUACGGCGACAGCCUCGGCGGUAGCGGGAACAACCGGAGGCAUACACGACUCUCACUUUGCGUCUCCAGCUGCACCGGGCGCGCAACAAAAGCAGCCAGGACAUCCAUCAAGAGCUCCGAAACGACCACGACCGGGAGUGCUGCUGCAUGGUGACGUUCUUACUUCGCAGGAUGGUUUGCGUUUGCCUGCAGAAAUAGCUAGUACUACGGCAAACCAGGAUCAUUCCAACGAGUUUCUCGCCUCCUCCGUCCAGACCACCACGGAACAAGACGGUGAAAUCGAAGAUCCUGCGAAUUGCGCGAGGGAUUUUGUGAACCCGAAUCCGUGUGAGGAACAAGGUCUACAGACCAACAAGCACUACACAGCGUAUUUCGAGUAUAGGAAUCAGGUUCAGAGUUGGUGGAUGCCAUUCGUGCAGGAGCUGCCGAUUUUGAGCCAAGAAGUGUGGACCAACGUCCCCAGGAGCAGUGCCACGGAAGAGAACAACAAUGUGCUCUCAGCGGACAACUCGGAGUUGAUAGACCACGUCUGUCACCACGAAUACCGCCUGGAGGGCAUCAUAGGCCAGAACGGGUUCGAUGUAAACGCGACAAAGGAAUUUUUCCACCAGGAACAACAGCUUUUGCAGGAAAUAGAUGAGGCGAUGAAGCAGGACGAUGCGAGGCACGACAUUGUGGAGGAAUGGAAAGGCGAUCUUUACGAGUUGCGGCAAGGGUUUCACAAGGACACUUUAGAGACGGAGCGCUUCGUCUACGAGCACUGCGAGGCGCUCUGCUUGGGAAACGACCGGUGCAAGGCGUGGGUGUAUUUCAUUUUUGACGAAAAGGAAAACGACGAGUUUCAGCACCAAGAGAUGAGCACGACGGCGAUGGAGACGAUGAACACGUGGACCACGACUGAUGGUGAGAACGACGGGACGAGUCGUGACCUCCAGCACGUCCUGGUGCCGCCAGAUCAGCGGUGGUGCGACUUCUACUCAAAGUGUGACGAGAAGGUGUCUAUGUUUGACUACGUCGACCAACGCGACGGCGUGCACUCCUCGCUUCGCGAGCCGGCCCAGCUCGCGAACCUCAGGACGACCCGGAUCUACGAAAGAAAAAACCACGUGGUAGGUGAUGACAGCACCACCGCGCCGGGCAGUGUUGAGAGCGACGAUGAUGUGAACCUGGACGACCAAGAAGGAGAACAGGACCAACCACAGGAGUCAGAUCAGGUGGGGGGUGCGCUAGCUGUGCCCAGCACUUCCGACGAACAAGAUGAAAAGGCUACUACAGCUGCAGAUGAGGAAUCCGCCCCAAAAGACGGCGAGAAGGACGAAGAAUCUGGUGCAGGAUGCAACAAAACCUACUUGAUGAUUGGCGUUGGCGUCGGCGUGUUCCUUCUUGUGGCCGCGGCAGUGUUCAACGUGGUGGUAGGGAGCUCGGAAUCCGAGUACGCAGUGGAAAUAAAUCUUCAAGCGUUCUUAUUUUCCAACCAGGUGCAGUUGUGCAACUUCCAUUAUAGUAUAAACAGAUCACAUGGACAUGCAUUAGCUGUGACCUCUGAAGGACAGCAUAGAAGUUGUAAAGCGUGCCGGUGUUUCUGCAUGUUGGUUCCAGACGACAACGAGUACCUAGCAACAUGAUGCUAGUAUAAAAAUGUCAAUGUUCUUGCCAGCGAUAACGGCGACGAAAAAAAUGCAACUGAAGCAGAUGAACCAAAAUGAGCUACAAGGAUUAUAAUCGACGGCACUCAGAGUCAGAGAUGAAGAUGGAGUACCACUUUAUUUCGCGGAAAAUCUAAAACGCAUGAUAUAGCCAGUUUUCCCUUGCAUACCUGACUGCACAGCAUUCGGAUGACGCCGGAAGAAGAAGAAGAGAAGAUGCUGCUGUCUGCGGCAAACCGUGGAAACUACGAGCUCUCCACACAGCAGAGCAUGCUGGGAUCCAAGUUUGCGGCCCUGACGUCUACAGAAGCAGCCGACCUGGAAGGGGCGGAGGCCAACAUGAAUCCGGGUUCGGGUCUGCUGACCUUGACCAGUGCGGGUGGGACGACGACGACGACGACGGGAACUGCGCAAGGAAAUAAAAAGAAGCUCCUGGCCCAUCAAAGACGGCGGGCCGCGGCGGCGGCGCGGGCGAGGAUUUUGGAAAAGAACGCGAGUACUAGCUCCAAGUUGAGCUCGCCGGGGGCGGCGGUGGACAAUCAAGCGGGAGCGGUUCCUGCAACUGCAGAAAGAGAUCUCUUCCUGUCCGACAGCGGGUCAUCAACAUCUUCUGCCCCAGCUACGAGCGACCUGGCCUCGACCUCUGCUUUUGUACCCCAACCUCCCCCGGAAAACCUUCUACAGUCGGGGCUGGAACUACACGCCGGCGCAGCGUCGACACCAGCAGGUGGAUUAAGAACCCCACCUUCACGGGCAUCUUCAAGUGCAAAUAGUAAUCCAAGCUCGCAGGCGGGUCCUGCGUCCGUGGUGAGCUACAUCAAGGGUCCCACGUCGGUGAGCUACAGCAGAUCUCGCUCACCGGCAUCUUCUAGUGCAAUAAACCUGAGUUCGCAGGCGGGUCCCGCAUCAGUAAGCUCCUACAGAGCUCGCGCCAAAGCAAAGCGAGCACCUUCAUCUCAGCGAAUAAAGGGCGGCGCCGGUGCUGGUGAGAAAGGUGGUGCCGCUGGUGUCCGAGCUCCGAGCGACGGGACAGUAGAACCGAUUCAUCUGCCGUCGAGAAGCGGCGAGAAAGGAGGUGUCGGAGGUUUCGACCAGCAAAAUAAUCCGACGUAGUGAGGCUUCUUGAUAUUAUAGAUAUUUGCGGAGUCGAGCACUUUGACUUUUUCGAUUUGUAUGAAAAAGUGCAUUUAUGUUUAUGUAGAUAAGUCCUCUCUAUCAUUUUCAUUUCCCAAACCCCGCAGUUUUUAGUUUUUUGUUUGUCCUCUGAGUAAAAACGUGUGCAAAGUAUAGUUGCUAUGAUAUGCUUUCCCCCAUCAACAUGAUUUCACUUAUCGAGAAAUGACACUUUAUAUGUAGUUGCACAUGCUCGUGUGAGAUCUAAUUUGUGCUGCGAAGAUUCCUUGAGCGGCUUUUGGAGGCUUUUUGCUGUAACGCUUCAGAAAACUUAAAGUUACUCAACUCCUUUCUUUGUCUUUCCCCUGUAU